AACGUAAGCAACGUCUAUCGCGUCUGGCACAUGCUGUCCGUGUGCAUGGAUGUGUUUGCGCGUGUGUAACACUGUAUUUGACAAGAAGAAUGAAUAAGUGGACUGUGGUAAUAGUUGGGCUCGUAUUCACGCUCUCAGUCGUCGCCACUGGACUAAUUGUUGGGUUUGCGGUGCGCUGUAGUGACAGCAAUGACGAUCAGACGAUUGCUCCGACGACUCCCCCAUCGGUGACUUUGCCGCUAGAUUGGUGGCAGGAAACAAUUAUUUACCAAAUCUAUCCCCGGUCUUUCGCCGACUCGGAUGGCGAUGGAGUUGGUGAUUUAAAAGGUAUUGAAGCCAGACUAGAUCACGUCACAUCACUAAACGUGAGAGCUGCUUGGUUAAGUCCCAUAUACGAGUCGCCCAUGAAAGAUUUUGGAUACGACAUUUCGGAUUUCGUCAGUAUUGAUCCGAUAUUUGGAACGAUGGGGGAUUUUGAUAGUCUUCUUGAGGCUAUGCACAAGAAAGGGCUCAAAGUCAUCAUGGACUUUGUGCCGAACCAUACAAGUGACCUGCAUCGCUGGUUCACUGAGAGUAAAAAAAUUGAUCCGAACAACUACACCGACUACUAUAUUUGGGCGGAUAAACGCGACUGCAAGACCUUGAUAUGUAAAGAUGCGUGCAUGAACAUGGAACCGCAGGGUUGUCCACCAAACAACUGGCUUAGCGCAUUUGGUGGCUCCGCCUGGGAGUGGGUCAACGAUCGAGCGAAAUACUACCUUCAUCAGUUCCUGAAAGAACAACCGGAUCUCAAUUAUAACAACGAGAGAGUCAGACAAGAAAUGAAAGAUGUUCUCCGAUUCUGGAUGAACAAAGGAGUCGAUGGCUUCAGAAUGGAUGCCGUUUCUCACUUGCACGAGCAACCUGGUUAUCCUGACGAGCCUCUCAGUAACAACCUAGGUGCUCAAGAUGAUGAACACGGUUAUCUUGAUCACAUCUUCACAAUGGAUCAACCUGAAACCUUUGAGAGGAUCCGAGAAUGGCGGCAGCUGAUGGACGAAUAUGGCGAAUUCAAUGAUAAACACAUUUUCAGUGUCGCCGAAGCGUACACCGACUUGGAGACUAUGACGAAAUAUUACGACGUCGCUGAUAUGUCGUUCAAUUUUGAGUUGAUUCCUAUUGAUGAAGCCUGUCAUACUGGCUACUGCAUAAAAGAACGGAUAGAUGGCUGGAUAAAUCAAAUGGGAACGACAAGUCGGUGGCCGAACUGGGUUUUAGGGAACCAUGACAAUCAUAGAAUUGCAACGAGAAUGGGAGAAGCAUAUGUUAAUGCUAUGAACGCCCUCUUGCUACUCCUACCGGGAACACCGACAACGUACUAUGGCGAGGAGAUUGGCAUGCUCGACCAUGGCAACAUCACAUUCAAUGAGACCAGAGACCCAUAUGGGUUAAAUUUCGGACCAGAUCGGUACCAGGAAUUUUCUAGAGAUCCAGAGAGAACCCCAAUGCAGUGGGAUUCCUCUGAUCCAGCAGCCAACUUCUCUACGAGCAACGAUACAUGGUUGCCAAUGCAUCCCGAUUAUAAAACUACGAACGUAGAGUCGCAAGAUGUCGUUGAUGAUUCGACGCCGCUAAAUGUCUACAAAGCGCUAGCGCAGUUGAGGGCUGAAACAGCAUUCCGCACCGGUGCCAUCGAAUUAGCUGAUGGUAGCGAUAAUCUCAUCGUCUUUGGUCGAAAUGAUGUAAACGCGGGCACUAAAUCUUACCUCGUCAUCAUAAAUGUCGGCUGGCACGAUCAAACCUACAAUCAUGCAAGCGGAUCGAAAUCUAAGGUUGCCAUGCAGUUCGGCUUGGAGUUUUCCGUUGAUGACAUAGUCGACAUAACAGCUGGCAUAAGCCUCCAACCCGCAGCAUUCAUAGUGCUGGAGGUUUACGAUUAAUUAUGUAGUAAGAGAAUGCUAUCCAGGAAACCGCCGGGGACAAUGUGACUAUGACUUCCUGAAGAUUAAUUUUACACGUGAUGUUUGCACAAUAGGUUUAUUGUAUAAUAUCAGAUGUUGUAUAUAUCAACUGGCCUAACUGGCCAAACUGUCAUUCUCUUGCUCAUGUGUUAUAGAUGUGUUAUUAGAUGUGUUUGCGUGCGUGUGAGCGUGAGUGGGGCGGGUGUGGGUACGCCUGUUCGUAUAUACAUGUACAUGUAUAU